CACGUGGGCGAGAAGCAUGGACAAAUCUUUUUCUGGUUGAAGAAACCUCAAAUCGCCACCUCUAUCAGCAACCUCCUUCGGCACAAGCGCGAGAUUCACAAGACGUCACCUCCAUUCGCGACCUAUUCCGACACAAGCGGGAAGUCCACAAAAUGCGAACCUCACGCAAGCAGUCCAACUAUCUGAUUCCCACCGAGCCCAACCCGCCUACGACCUUUAGAUAUCAGGUUUCCCGUCGACGUCGCUUGUGGUAUUCUGGUCCUGCUUUGAAUUACCUAGCCGCGCAACUGCGGUCCAGUGUUCAUACUCCGGGGCUUCCGACAGCCAACGAGUCGUUGCAGAUUGUUCUUCCGCGUUUCGGUUCAGGUGGCGGAGACCUUGAUGAAAGCUGGUGCUUGAAGAAGCUACCGGGCUGCUGUUGGCUUCAAGAUUCUGAACCGCGCGGGGAUGCUCGUCAGCACUGGCAACUCGGAUCGUGGAUGACAGUCUUUGGCAACAAACAUACGCUGGCUGUAGCUUGUGCGAUUCUAGGUGACAGCGCUCUGGCCUGGAUAGCGGGAGAAGACCCCGUAUCCUCUUCCAAGCUCCUUUCAUUGGCACCGUUCAGCGGCUUUGCGGUCAUAUCGUCUUGGUAUCCGGAAAAAAAUAUGAAAGAAGAGACUUCGGUGUACGGGAGCUUCUGGGACGACGAACAGAUCAGAUGAACACCCAGAAUGCGUGGGGAGGCUGCCUUUAUGCUUGGGCGAACAUCUCAUGAAACGCUAGCUAAGAGGCUCUUCAAAAGGAGUACUGUAGGCAAGGGUUGGGCGACGUUGAUGAAGGAGUGGACCGCUGGGCAACAAUACAGCUCCUCCAGAAGGACAGCGGUGAGAGAUUCGCGUCGGAUUGAUGAGGCACUCGGGCCCAUAAGAAGUUCGGGAUGCUGUGACAGGUCGCCUCAGAUACCUUUUCCGCCAGCCCCUUCCCCAUUACGAAAACUUCACAACGUCAUCUAUCCCGCGUGGCACCCGCAUACCCGCUAAGCACGAGUAGUGUACAUUCCUGCUAAGCAAGAGUGGUGUACGUUUACUAGGUUCCAUAUGACAAAGAAGGCAAACACCAGAGUCGAAUAGCCACGAGGGCGCGAUUUCGGGAUGGCGUUAGGGUGGAACUGUGGAGAAGUCGACCUCG